CGCUAGCGGCGGUAGGUAUUUUUCUUUAUUCAUUUCAUAUUUUAAUAAUUAUUAUUAUAAAUAUAGUCUUAUUUAUCAGACAAGUGGUAAUCAAUCUCUCGUUAGAGAGUUUUUAUUCCUUAAGUGUUAUUACUCUAUCGCCCCUCGCGGCAAGCCACAAUUCCCUAAACAAGGCAAAAUAGAAUAAUUUGUCAGUGCUUGUAGGCCCAAAAUUGUGUAUAAUAAUUGAGGAACAAUUUUCAAUGCUAAUUUCAAUUAAAACAAGAGAAUGAAUUUUAAACGGUGUUUUAAAUUCCAACACGAACUAGUGGACAAUCUGAAUGUUGCGUAUAACUGUACAAACUGCAUUUUGGUUUUUUGGAAUAAAUUUCAAAUAUUUUUAAUGUUUAAGCAAGAUAUGGAUAUGCCUGGCCAUCUAAUAAAUUGCCGAUUGGUAUUCGAUUAUAUGGACUUUGAAAUUCACCAGCUAAUAUUAGCUGAACAUUUACUCUGUUUGGACAAUGAAGGGAAAUUGUUAGCUUAUUCCCUUAAUCUUGAACAAACUGCUAGUGCCCCAAUGAAACCUAAAUACAAUUUCCAAAAGCUAGAAGAUAAUAUUUUAUGCAUGGAAUGGUAUGAGAAUUUGUUAUUUAGCAUUAAAUCAGACAUGGAUGAGCUGUUUUUAAGGAUCCAUAAAUUUAAAUCACCUAAUAAUGCAGAUGUAAAAUUAAAAUUAAACAGCAAUAAUAAAAUAGCGAAUAAAAACUUACUACAGUUACCAAGUGAGAUAAAAAGAGAGAAAUGUUUACUAUGCUGUUAUAGGCUAGAUGGAACUGAUUUUGACAGUAUUAACCAAAUCUUCAGGACAAAUAAAAGUUUACAGUGUAAACAAUUUCUUAUUAUUGUGAGCUUUGAUAAAUUAACGCUGUAUGCUAUUUUAGUAGAUUUGGAAUUGAACAGUAAUAUCUUAGCACCGGUUAAACUUCUAACAUGCCCCUCAGAAAUAAACAGCAUAAUUGUGGUAAAAGAAAAUCAUUUAAAUUUACUGAUAAGUCUGAGUGCUGGUACAGUAAUUAAACAGCCUUUGAAUAAUAAUUUUAAUACUCUCAGCAUAGCACACCUGAAUACUGCUAUACACAGGAUUACAGUACUAAAUGAUAAAAUUAUAUACACUGAUGGCAUCACCAUGUGGGUAUCCACAAAUACAUUUUCAGAGCCCAAUGCAAAAUUGAAACAGUUGUUUGUUAAGAAUGUGAAAGAUUUUACGCAAAUUGAAACGAAUGGUAAAAUGAUUUGCACAACAUAUAAUAAACUAGUCUAUAUAUUUAGUAUGAAUGAGGAGUCAUCUUAUUUAGUUCCUGUUUCUGCUAGUGAAUACUAUUCAGCAGAACAUCUGUUCAAUAAUAUGAAUUAUUUGCACAGAAUAAUGGAAGAAGUUGAAAAAAAUGGUGAAAUUAUCAAAAAUAUAAAGAAGGAAGAGGACUACAUAACAACACUGGCUUUAUCAAAUAGACAAGACAUUGCGAGUGAAAUGAUUCAAUACCAUGUCAGUACAUACGAAAAAUAUGAAGAUAUCCUCAAAGAGGGCUUAGUCCUCAAUUUGACUAACAACUUAAAAGAUUAUUUUGAAAGGGAUACAUUUUGUUUUCUUAUAAAAAUGUUUGCAGCUUUACAACAGAACUUUGAUGAUGUGUCAGCAAAUAUUUUUAAAGAUGCAAAGAUCCAUAUCACAAUUUUAUCAGAACAAAGAAUCAUAAAAACUAUAAGUGUUAAAGUUGCAGAUCAACCAAAGAUUUUUAACAUUGUGGUUCCCUUACAGACGAAUAAAUUGAAUAUAACAGAUAUAACCCUUGAUAUAAAAAUUGUGAAGAAGAUUCCCAAGAUUGUAAAUUGCAAGGAAAAUCUUUGGACAGCUGUCUACUGCAAACAAGUAAUUCUAACUCCAGAGCAUUUCAUUAAAACAAAUUUUGUAGACAAUGUACGGUUACUAAAAGACCCAGAAGACUCUAUAGAGCAUUUAUUAUAUAAAACUGCUUACAAGCUUCAUGGGCAUCUUUAUCAAAUUAUUAAAGCACCAGAAGAUUUACUAACAUGGUCCUUCUUCGUUAAACUCCCUAAUACAUAUAGAGAGAUUUUACAAAAUGAAAUGUUUUACAAAGAGCAUUUUAAAAAUUCUACUAAAGCAAAAUUCCUGUUAAAAGAAGUAUCUUCAGAAGAAUUUCUAAACUCAAGAAGGAAUGUCUCAUUUUCAGUAUUGAAUGAAAAAUUAGACAUAGAAAUUAUAAAUGACGGAUUCUCAAAUGACUUGAGUAGUAAAAUGAUUAAAGUAUCCUGUGCAAAUCCUGUACUUGCACUCGGCAUAAGAAAUUUCUUUUCCAUUUUAAUACACAAUAAUUUCGAAAUAUGUCAACAUGGACAAACAUUUUUAAGCUGUUUUAAAAUAAUUUCAUCACUUGAGAAAACAGAGAAAGCUGUUCAGAAAUGCAUAGAUGAAAGGUGGUCAUUUGAAGAAUUCUUCAAAAUUUAUGAACAAUUCCAAAUAAGUCUGUGUGAAACUUCAGUUUAAAUAAUAAAAUUUUUGUAUAUG